AUGAUCAUUGAUUCCGCCGCAGAAUGGUCUGCGUCCCUCAACGGAGACUGGGAAUGGGAGCAAGUCAAGUUCGAAGAGCGCAGCCAACUCGUCGGGUUCGCGCGGCUGUUGAAGAAUAGGCCAUAUUUAUGUGCACAUGUCAAGGUCAUCGAGAUCAGUGACAGCAAGACAAUUCUCCAGGUCAAGAAGCACAAAAAGUGGCAACUACUUGCGACUUUUCCGCUGAUGUUCGCGCGCAAGCUGCCCGCCGUGCACCGUAUCUACCUCGACGACGGGCCACUGCACACCACGCCAGUCAGCCCAUGCUUCCAUCCGAGCCUCGCAGAGUUCGCAUCCAUUUCCACCGUCGUCGUUCGUGACUUGACUUUCAUGUCUGUUCAUCCGUUCGUCCGCCUGCUCUUGUCCAUGCCGGGUCUCCGCGAUCUCACGUGCGAUGGGCUUCGAUGGCCUCAGCAUGAUGUAGAACGCUCUCAGCUUCCGUUGCAGGCGUCCAGCCCGCAACUUUGCGUGCUCAGGCUGCUAGACAACGAUGUGUCUCCUGAGUCCACCAGGAAUGCCGCAUAUAAAGACAUAGCAGAGACCUUUGAUAUUAUGACGAUUUGUCACACACUCGCGGAGUUCCAUCUGAUAGCACAGUUGGAACUCGUCCACUUCAUCGACACGGGCUUAAAUCGGCUCGUUAGUCGUCCCGAGUCACGUCUUCGUGCUCUAUCCCUAUCACUGUCUGCUGGUGGGCUCGGAGUGUACGACAUCGACCAGCCCGACUUGCAUGAUUGGGGUGUACAGGCCGACACCCAAGUUCUCUCCCACGAUUUGCUGAUUAGACAAUCUCAAGAGGCAAACAUUGACCUCAGCAAGCAAACAGACCUAGAGGAGUUCCACCUGACCGUUGGACACCUCGACAUCGAGAGAAGCUGCACAUGGGUUGCCGUACUGCUCAAGCAACUCGAAUUACCCCGUCUGCGGCAAUGCUCAUUGAGACUUGUCUCGCCAUCGGAUGCCGUGAAUGUAUUGGCCCGAGUGUCGCUACUCUUGAGUCCAGCGCUGUGCGCCUCAAUCGAUGCUGCGCUCACUUCUCUGCCGUCCAUGACCUUGCAGCACGUCCAGUUGCGCAUCGAGUGGUACACGCACACCCGGACGGGGAGCCCACAGGAGCGCAGCUGGCGGAUGCAACUCAUGUCACGAUUCCCAGCCCUGAGCAACCGCGGCGUUCUUGCCAUACACAUCUCUUUGGAGGACAUUCCGUCUUGGCUUGUAACAGCUGAGGAUCACACGUAA